AACUCUUUCUUUCUUUCUCACUCAAAUUUCUCAAUCACGACCUACACUCACCUUUCUUUCUCCCCAAAUGUAAAUCCUGAAACCCUAGUCCCAAUCCAUCCAGCGGCAAAGAGGAAGGCGAUUGCUGUUGUGUCCGCCAAGCAAGAAGAUCGAACAGGAUCUCUCGAAUUGGUUCUGUUCUGUCUGAACAAAUAUAUAUUUGAAAGAGGGAGAAAUUGAUAGAAAUGUCGUCUUUGGGUACAUCAAAAGGGAUUCUGGAGAUUGCGAAAUUCGCAGUAUACGUCACCGUUCCAAUUGGGCUGAUGUACUUCUUCGCCAGCAACACCAAGAAUCUCCAGAGAGUCAUGGGCAAUCGCCAAUAUGUGGUGUAUCCGCCUGAAGGGCCACGCCCUCCAUCACCUGAGGAGUUGAGGGAGAUGGCACGAGAAUUAGCUCGCAAGAGAGACAGUCGUUGAUGGAUCCCUGAGUCUGUAAGAAUGUCUUCGAGUCGUAACUGGUUUGGCCUUUGAAAGUUUUUAAUCUACCACUCUCAUGACAAUAUAUGUGCAUGUGUGGUUCCAAUAAUUGCGUGCAUCUGAUCUGUAAAUUUUAUUGUAAGAUUGACAGAAUACAUUUGAAGUUAAAUGAGUAUUCAUGUUACUGCUCUC